CAGAGGAGAGGGACUGGUUAUGCGGCGUUAGUCGGGUCAUGAGGUUGCUGUAGCUGUGUGUGUAGGCCUGGCAGUAGGAGCUGUAGCUGGUGUGGAAGCAGCGGAGGGACUCGGGGGAGGAUGCAGCAUUUAGUCCCAGAGGAAUGGGAGGUGUUUCCGGCUUCUGAGCUCAGUUUGUCAGGUGCCCUCAGCCCUUCAGUCUCUUUUUAUUGCUGCACUGCAAGUUGGAAUGAUGUCACCCCUCCCCCCCCAGAAACCAGUCAGCAGAACAAUGGGAAGGUAGUUUGGCAGCUAAAUGGAGUCUGAGCAGCUGUUUCAGAGGAGCUAUUAUCGCAAUAGUUACAACAGCAUUACUAGUGCAAGCAGUGACGAGGAGCUCUUGGAUGGAGCUGGUGGAAUGAUGGACUUCCAUACAUUGGAAGAUGACAACUUGCUGGAUGGUGAUGCAUCUGUUGGAACACAUUACACUAUGACAAAUGGAGGUGCAAUUAACAGCACUACUCACCUACUGGACCUCCUAGAUGAACCUAUCCCUGGAGUUGGGACCUAUGAUGAUUUUCAUACCAUUGACUGGGUGCGGGAAAAAUGCAAAGACAGAGAGCGACACAGGCGGAUAAACAGCAAGAAAAAAGAAUCCGCAUGGGAACUAGCAAAAAGUCUGUACGAUGCCUGGUCUGGAUGGCUGGUAGUCACACUUACCGGUUUAGCAUCAGGUGCCCUUGCAGGCUUUAUAGACAUUGCUGCAGACUGGAUGGCAGAUUUAAAAGAAGGCAUUUGUAUGACUGCAUUUUGGUUUAACCAUGAACAGUGCUGCUGGGACUCCAAAGAGGCAACAUUUGAAGAGAGAGAUAAAUGCCCACAGUGGCAGACAUGGGCAGAUCUAAUAAUUGGCCAAGCAGAAGGCCCUGGAUCUUAUAUAAUGAACUAUAUCAUGUACAUUUUUUGGGCCCUAAGUUUUGCCUUUCUCGCUGUGUGUCUUGUGAAAGUAUUUGCCCCUUAUGCGUGUGGUUCAGGAAUUCCAGAGAUUAAAACUAUUUUAAGUGGGUUCAUCAUCCGUGGAUACCUGGGAAAGUGGACGUUAAUGAUAAAAACUGUCACACUGGUUCUUGCUGUGGCCUCUGGUUUAAGCUUAGGGAAGGAAGGUCCCUUAGUUCAUGUUGCAUGCUGUUGUGGAAACAUAUUUUCCUACUUGUUCCCCAAGUACAGCACCAAUGAGGCAAAAAAAAGGGAGGUUCUGUCAGCAGCAUCAGCUGCUGGUGUUUCUGUUGCUUUUGGAGCUCCCAUAGGUGGUGUACUUUUUAGUCUGGAAGAGGUCAGCUACUACUUCCCUUUAAAGACAUUGUGGAGAUCAUUCUUUGCAGCCUUAGUAGCAGCAUUUGUUCUAAGGUCGAUCAACCCUUUCGGGAACAGCCGUCUUGUCCUUUUCUAUGUAGAGUAUCAUACCCCAUGGUACUUGUUUGAACUUAUACCAUUUAUCCUACUUGGUGUAUUCGGAGGACUUUGGGGUGCAUUUUUUAUCCGUGCAAACAUUGCCUGGUGUCGGCGGCGCAAAACAACCAGGUUUGGGAAGUAUCCUGUAUUAGAGGUUAUGCUUGUGGCAGCUAUCACAGCAGUCAUUGCCUUUCCCAAUCCAUACACACGUUUCAACACUAGCCAGCUGAUAAAGGAGCUAUUCACAGACUGUGGGCCUUUAGAAUCCUCCUCUUUGUGUGACUAUAAAAACGAUAUGAAUUCCAGCAAAAUUGUGGAUGAUAUACCUGACCGCCCUGCAGGGACUGGGGUGUACUCUGCUAUCUGGCAGUUGUGCUUGGCUCUCGUGUUCAAGAUUAUUAUGACUGUCUUCACUUUUGGCAUUAAGGUCCCUUCAGGCCUGUUUAUCCCAAGCAUGGCAAUCGGCGCCAUAGCAGGCCGCAUUGUGGGCAUUGCAGUAGAACAGCUGGCUUAUUAUCAUCACGACUGGUUCAUAUUUAAGGAGUGGUGUGAAGUUGGAGCCGACUGUAUAACUCCUGGGCUAUAUGCUAUGGUUGGUGCAGCUGCAUGUCUAGGUGGUGUCACACGCAUGACAGUCUCUCUUGUAGUAAUAGUAUUUGAGCUAACUGGGGGCCUUGAAUAUAUUGUCCCCCUUAUGGCGGCAGUGAUGACCAGUAAGUGGGUUGGCGAUGCCUUUGGAAGAGAAGGUAUAUAUGAAGCCCAUAUACGGCUGAAUGGAUAUCCAUUUUUGGACGCCAAGGAGGAGUUCACUCAUACAACUCUAGCUCGUGAUGUGAUGAGACCAAGAAGGAGCGAUCCUCCUUUGGCUGUUCUAACUCAAGAUAACAUGACUGUUGAUGAUGUUGAAAGUCUUAUCAAUGACACCAGCUACAAUGGCUUCCCUGUCAUCAUGUCCAAGGAAUCACAGCGCCUUGUGGGAUUUGCUCUGAGAAGAGAUUUGACUUUAGCCAUAGAAAAUGCAAGAAAAAAGCAAGAAGGUAUUGUGGGUAGCUCUCGAGUGUGCUUUGCCCAGCACACUCCAUCCCUUCCUGCAGAAAGCCCUCGCCCUCUUAAGCUACGCAGUAUCCUUGACAUGAGUCCUUUCACCGUGACUGACCAGACACCAAUGGAAAUAGUAGUGGACCUGUUCCGUAAGCUGGGGCUCAGACAGUGCCUUGUGACACACAAUGGGACUGUCUUGGGGAUCAUCACAAAGAAGAACAUAUUAGAACUUCUCGAGCACCUAAAGCAGCACGUGGAACCCUUGGCGCCUCCUUGGUAUUAUUACAAAAAAAGAUAUCCUUCGUCACAUGGCCCAAAUGGCAAAUCACGAUCCCGAGUUGAUCAUGUUCAACUGAACAACAUCUCUGAAGAAGACCAGGAAGAAAGUGAAGAGGAGGUAUCUUUGUUAAAGAACUCAAUGCCCUGACCAAAGGGUAACCUGGAUUGUUGAAUAAAUUCAAAGGAAGGUGUUUUUCAGCAUUGUUGCACUCCUUAUUUCAGGAGAAACAGAGGCUUUACCAUGGCUAUAUGGGAUAAUGACAAAGCCUGUGUCCCAGAGGGAAGCAUAAUAGCCUGAUUGUGUGUAGCAGUUGGCUGGGCCAUGCACAGGAGUAUUUAAGUCUCAUUGUAUUAUAUCCCUAUUGUUAAUGGGGGUUUCACUGAGUUUGAGCCAUCUUUAUUCAAGACUUGUUACCCUUUCUAUCACUGGAGGAAAAGUUAAAGCUGUUGGUUGUCAGAUUAUUACACUUAGAUUUUUUUGUACAUUCCUAGACAGGCAGACUCUCUUUUCCCUUCUUCCUACCCAUAAUUCCUCAAUAACUUCCCGAGGAGGCUUUUAAAACAGUAAUGUCUCAUAUUGAGAGAGGCUGUACAUUUUCAUAAGCAGCAGCAACAAACAAGAAUGUGUCUUGUGCCAUAUAGCAGCGAGCUUGUCCCAGAUGGGCUGCAAGAGUGGUUUAUACCUGCCGGGCACAGAACUCUUCAGCCCAACAGCUUGCAACAAUGGCAUGGCUUUAGAUCAUCCAUUUGUGCUCUGUUCAAUGGUGUGAAGUGGUUUAUACAAUUUUAUUUUUGUAUUGCUGGAACCCUUGAAUCUUCAUAUGGUUUUGCAGUGCAGAGUGUUAUCAUUCACACUGCCCGUCAGGUCCCUGAGCCACAUGUAAGGCACAAUUUGCACAGGACUCGCAAAGAAUAUUGUGAAAUAUGAACAUUUUCUAAUGCUACACUUGGCUGUAAUGUAACUGUGGCAGAGUUGCAUUCUGUGAACUCUCGCCUUGUGAGACUUAAGGAGAACUCUUGGGUCAGCAAGGUUUUCUAUUUAGAACUAAAGAAAAAUAAUGGCAUCUCGUACCUAUAUGAAAGUAGAAACAUAUAAUAACAUUACUGGACCUAGGUGUUUGCUUUGUAUUCUACUUGAAGUUCAAUGAGUCAGGGAAAUUGGUAACCCAUCUAACACUAGAACAGAGACAUGAUUUAUAAUUUGCACUAAACAGUCAUCUCAGAACAGUAUGUUACUACUGGAUAACGCUGAAAAUGCUAUGGAAAUGAAGAUUCUGUGUAUUUAAUCAGUUUAUUGUGAAUCUGUAAUAUGAUUAAAAACAAAUUGUAAGUGG